AUGUUCAGCAUAAUAUAUUUAGUUUUUGGACUGAAAUUAGUUUUUGGUUUUUAUUUAUCUGAUAUUAUACAACCGGGGAACGUUCCGUUGUGGAGUGAAACGGAGGAGACUGAAUAUGAAGUGGAUGAGAGGAUAGUGGGGGGUCAAGAAACAACUAUAGAGGAAUAUCCACACCAAGUGAACUUUAUAUUCCAACGAGAUAAUGGUACUUACUUUUGCGGAGGUUUCAUCAUCAGUGAAUAUUAUAUUCUGACAGCAGCCCACUGUGCACAAGGUAUUGAUCCUACCACAGUGGUUCUGAGAGCUGGUAGCGCAUAUCGGGGCAAUGGCACUAUUAUACCAAUAGAUGAGAUAGUCGCACACCCAGAAUAUAACGAUUCACCCUUUGAUAAGGAUGUUGCCUAUAUACGAACUUCUAAUCCAAUACAGUUUACAGAUGCCAUGAAGCCCAUUCCUCUCGUAAAUGAAUCUGAACCGUGCAGUAAUAGAGUGAACGUCAGUGGAUGGGGUAGACUAAUGGAAGGACAAAAUCCGUUGCCUCUAAGACUGAGAGCGGUUAAUGUGCCAGUUGUUGACUAUUUUAGGUGUAUGUUGGCGUAUCCCAGAAUAUUGACUCGCAACAUGGUAUGCGUUGGUAAUUUCUUAUUAGGAGGUCAGGGUACUUGUCAGGGGGAUUCAGGGGGAGCUGGGGUUGAUAACGGGAGAGCGUGUGGUAUUGUGUCAUUUGCAAGAGGCUGUGCACGGCCCAUGUCUCCGAAUGUCUUCACAAAUAUAGCGGCUGGACCAGUUAGAAGAUUUAUCACGGACAAUACAGGUGUAUAA